AAGGUUAGUGUACUUACACAAAUGUUCAGACAAGUGCGAGUGUUCUGUCAGACAGUGCACUCUCAUUUUACUCUCCUGGAAGUUUUCUGAUCCACUGCCAUCAUGAACCUUAAGCUCCUCUUCUUUUGCCUCUUCUGUGCGGUGCUCCUCAUACCUGCUGAACUGAAACCUGAUAAAUCCAAAAAGCAUGAACGUCAUGAACAUCAUGAACGUCAUGAACAUCGUGAACGUCAUGAACAUCAUGAUCGUGAGGUUCAGGGACAUGGGCGUCAAAAACAUGACAAAGAAAGGAAGAAAGGAAGAUUUGAGGACAUAAUUUCAGACGACUUCUUUGAGAUCCGAGCUCCGAGUGAUGAUGACGACGACGAUGACAGUCGUUCAGACUGGGUUUUUGAACUUCAAGAGCUAGAAGGCAAAUGCGUCCCAAACCCUUGUCUCAACAAUGGAGUUUGUGAGCAAAAAGGCAAGAAGGGAUUCAAAUGCAGGUGUCCCAAACCUUUUAAAGGAAGGAAAUGCCAGAAAGGCCCAAAAUAUUGUAGAAAAGGUCUAUGCGGGCGUGGGGAAUGUGUUCGGAUUCCAACUGCCCCGUUCUAUGAGUGCAAAUGUAAGAUGCCCUUCCAGCCUCCAGACUGCAGAACUUUUUCAGUGUGUCAGCCUAAUCCAUGUUGGAAUGGUGGACAGUGCGUCAAGGAUGGUAAUAACUUUGACUGCCAAUGCCCUCUGGGGUUCAGAGGACGUUUCUGCCAUGUUGGCCCAAAUGACUGCUAUGUGGAUGACGGAGAGUCAUACCAUGGCAAUGUGAGCGAGACAGAUGACGGCUAUGAAUGCCUCCACUGGAACUCUCACUUCAUCCUGGAGAACGGAGCUGAUCCCUUCAAAACCUUCCAGGACACAGAAGGACUUGGCCCUCACAACUUCUGCAGAAACCCAGACGAAGACAAGAUGCCCUGGUGUUUCUACAGAAGAGGCAGCAGGUUGUUGUGGGACUACUGUAAUGUCACAAAGUGUCUUGAACCAACAGGUGUGACGCCAACUAAAAUUGUCCCGACAGACGCCAGUCCCACUGCUUCUAAGGCCCCACCUCCAACACUUAAACCCACAGCAUCAACUACCGUACCUACAAAGACUGAGAAGCCCAGCCAGGCUCCACAACCUUCUACUACACCCGUUGUUCCUCUCAUCCCCACCGGCACUGCUCCCCCACAACAGUUUGCCACUUGUGGGAAGCCUGUGCCAAAAAGGCCCAUUACACGAAUUUUUGGGGGUCUGAAGGUCGCUCCUGGGGCUCUACCCUGGCAGGUGUCCCUGCAAGUGAGACCAAAGAACUCCAACCUGCCAUUCAAACACAUAUGUGGAGGAGUUCUCAUCAAGAGCUGCUGGGUACUGACAGCUGGACACUGCAUUGAACAAAAUAAGGACAUGCAGGUAGUCAUGGGAGGUCUGUCACUGAAUACGGAGGAACCCACAGAACAAACCAUAAAAGUUGCAGAGGCUAUUGUACAUGAGAACUACAGAGAGACUACAGCAGCUGUUUACAAUGACAUAGCUUUGUUGAGGCUGAGCGGCACUGAUGGAGUUUGUGCCAAUGAGACCCAGUUUGUGAAGACAGCCUGUCUUCCUGAUGCCCAACUGCCUGAUGGGAUGGAGUGUAAAAUUGCUGGAUGGGGUGUCACUGAAGACGCUCAGUAUGGUUCCAACCACCUGCUGGAUGCCAAUGUGCUGCUGAUCAACCAGGAAAAGUGCACUGAACCUCGUGUUUAUGGCAGAGUCCUGGACAAUACUAUGUUCUGCGCUGGCUACCUGCAGGGAGGGGCAGAUUCUUGCCAGGGUGACUCUGGAGGACCACUGACUUGUCAGGCGAACAGUACCAACGUUAUAUAUGGCCUGGUGAGUUGGGGAGACCAAUGUGGACAGAAGAACAAGCCUGGGGUCUACACACGGGUCACUCGCUUCCUGAACUGGAUCAAGACAAAGACUCAAGCAGCUGCUCCAUAAGCAACCUUUGCAAAUUUUGCAUUUCAAGACUAGAACAAUUUUAUAUUUCAAUGCUACUCUAUACACCCCUCCAAAAAAAUCAAAACCAUUUUAUCAAAUUGUUUUGUUGUGGAAUAAAUGUGCAUUGUUAUUUCAGGUUCAUGUGUUUUACCUGUUACACAUAGCCCAAGGCAAUCCAAACAUAAAAAGAAUGCUUGCAUGGAAAAGGAAAAGACACAAUAAAUGUUAAAUGUGACUACCCUGAAAA